AUGCUUAUGGCCGCAAGUGCCGUUUCUGAACUUUCUGUGUCUAUUAAAGCUUCUGUUACUACUGCUUCUCCAGAGGUGGCAGCGUUCGCUGCAGAAUCUCCAGAGGUGACAACUUCCACAUGGACCUGGCCCUCCAUCCCUCCCCCUGUUCCGCCUCUGCUCCAACUCCCUACUGAACUCAAGUCUGUUCCUGUUGAGCAGUUCUACAUCAACAUCAUGGCAUACAUUUAUGGAGACAUCAUGAAAAUAGACACCACCGGUGCAUCAGAGGCGACAGCAAAACAAGACAAAUUAACCAUAAAGGGGGUUGAAGCCUCUAAAAAACUUUCUGAACACGAUCUGGCCCGGGUGGAGAAAUACAAGAGUAUGAUCACUAAAGUUGGCAAAGCAAAGAAGAUGGAUCCGGCUGUGAUUGCUGCCAUUAUAUCCAGAGAGUCCAGAGCUGGAGCCGCCCUGAAGAAUGGAUGGGAACCCGCAGGCAAUGGCUUUGGCCUUAUGCAGGUUGACAACGGCUCCCACACUCCGGUUGGUGCAUGGGACAGUGAGCAGCAUGUCACACAAGCUACAGAGAUACUCAUUGGCUUCAUUAAAGAAAUUAAAGUAAAAUUUCCCAAGUGGACACAAGAGCAAUGCUUUAAAGGGGGAAUAGCAGCCUAUAACAAAGGUGUGAGUAGAGUCACUUCGUAUGAGAAUAUCGAUGCCAAAACCACAGGACUAGACUACUCCAAUGAUGUUGUUGCCAGAGCCCAAUGGUUCAGAAGCAAGGGUUACUGAAGAACAGCCGUUGCUGAGCUGUUAAACUCUUGUGAAAUAUGUACAAUGUAUCAACUUCACUGAAUUACUCCUCAUUAUUGAAGUUACUGUAUUUGUGUCACUUAAACAUAGCUUCUGAGUAAUACAAUCCCUUUUAAUAUCUUUGUUUUCUGUAUUCAGUAAGUAAUCCAAUAACUAAGAGCUAAAUUACAUGUCACUGCAUAUGAUAAGAUGAAAGAAACUUUUUUUUCCCACUCAAAUUGUCCGUCUUAUCAACAU